AUGGAAUUUACAGGACAAAAUCCUCCACAGAGGAAUCACACGACCCUGGUGGAAUUCAUUUUACUUGGCUUUUCUGAUGUUCCUAAUUUGCAAAGAUUUCUUUUUGGGGUGUUUUUGGUAAUCUACAUAAUUAUUCUGGUAGGAAAUAGCCUCAUUAUCAUAAUAACCAAGGUUGAUCCUUCAUUCCAGAUACACAUGUACUUUUUCCUUGGAAACUUUUCUUUUCUGGAAGUAUGUUAUGUGUCAGUCACUGUUCCCAGAUUAUUACAAGAUCUCUGUAGACAAGAUAGAAAUAUUUCCUUUCUGGUCUGUGCUACUCAAAUGUAUUUCUUUUUGGUUUUGGGAGCCACCGAGUGUUUCAUUCUGACUGCAAUGGCGUGUGACAGGUAUGUUGCCAUUUGCAACCCAUUACUCUAUCCUCUCAUCGUGAACAGUAGUCUAUGUACUCAACUGGCAGCUGGCUGUUGGACAAGUGGAGUUCCUGUACACAUAGGGUUCACUUAUUUCAUCUUCUCUCUACCUUUCUGUGGAUCUAACCAGUUGAACCACUUUUUCUGUGACAUACCUGCAGUCCUCACACUAGCCUGUGGGGACACUUUUAUGAUUGAGAUGUUAAUUUAUGUGAUUGCUCUUCUAGUUGUCACUAUCCCUUUUUUGAUGAUACUUGGAUCUUAUGUGAAAAUAGUCUUAACUGUUUUGAAACUUCCAUCUGCAACUGGGCGAGCCAAGUCCUUCUCCACCUGUUCUUCCCACCUCAUGGUUGUGGCUAUAUUCUUUGGAUCUGGCAUCAUUACUUAUGUGAGACCAAAGUCCAGUCAUUCAGCAAAAACAGAUAAAUUACUUUCUCUCUUUUAUACCAUUGUAACUCCAAUGUUUAAUCCCCUGAUAUAUUGUUUGAGAAACAAAGAUGUUAUGGUGGCAUUGAAAAGAUUUCUUCUGAAAUGGAUUGCAUUAUGA